AUAUUUGACUUGACUUACUUCUUAAUCUUAACCACUUUACAAUGAAAACCUUCGCUUGUGCUUUCUUACACCCAUUGGAAUUCUUUUCUUUUUCCACCACAAACGCGUUUCAACAUUCCACAAUCAAGAGAAAGAAUUUUGCAAUAUCCGUAACAACCCAAUUCACUUCAGGUAGGUACAUGUCUCUUUCAUUUAACAUUUGUUAGACUUAGACUCAAUAAUUGAAGAUCACUUGAGAGAUUCACAAAUUGUAUGUGUGCAAUCUUGUUGGUAACACGCACUUAAAGUUCAGUUUUUAAACCAUCAAAUUUUUGUUGGGUUGAAUUGGGUUCAUUAUGUUGGUACCUGAUUCCUUUGAUCCAAGCUUGUUUCUUUGUCUACCCGAUGAUGUGUUUGCUAUGGUGUCACGGUUCCUCUUACCCAGAGAUGUGUGCAAUCUUAGUCUCUGUUGUAGGAGUCUAUAUGCUCUUGCAUCAUCUGAAAAAGUGUGGCUAACUCAAUGUGACAUGGUCGGUAUGGUUCCCCACAAAGACCUUGUUGAGUGGAGAGAGGGUGUAGCAUCUUACAAGGCACUUUGCCGUUUUCUUUUGAGUGUGAAACCUUUGCUUGGAAUAUGGGUUCAUCAGAAUCCUGAACUUGGUAACCUUGUCUAUGUUAUGCCCGGUUUUGUUUCGGUUGUCGGGUGCAGGAUAAUUCCUCAGGAGCUUGGUCCAUUGGGGAUCCGAGAUGGUCCAAUCAUGUGGUCAUCUGUGUUUGAGGUUAUUGGUGAUUUUGAUGGUUCAGCUACAUUUUUUCUCCAUGGAAGGGAAGAUGGAAUAGAUCAUGUUUGUCAUGGCUCAGUCAAGUACAUAGAUAAAUCUUGCAAUGUGCUAUUGCUUGAGGUUGAACCUAAGGAACAAGAUUAUGGUAGUACUUUGUUGCAGAGUAGAAGCUUACAUGACUCAGAUGGGAAGUUAUUAGAAGAAGUUUGUAGGUCAAACAGUGAGCUUUCUAGGUUACAAAGGGUAUGUGGAAAUAAUGAGCCAAAGGUUCCCUUCAGCAAGUUGACUUUUAGUGAUAGAAGGAAGUUGCUUGAGGUCACUUCUAGCCAAUUUAAACAAGAGGUUCCUGAUAUUGCUGCUGGACCGUUGUUUCCUAGGUUAAGGGAUGAUUAUGACAACUUUCAGAACGAUUUGAUGCUCUUGAGGGAAAGAAGAGCAAUCCUUUGUCAAAUGUAUGACCUUGGUUGUAAUCAGAUUGACAAUAAGGAAAAUUCAGUGCAAUUAGAGCUGGAUAACAUAAGAAAGAGUUCUAACUGUUUGAGGGAUUUCUCAAAUUUUCUGUACAAGGAGGAUGAUCACACACAAUGCACCAAGAAGAGAGGUGUUGGUGGAUAUUUAUGGGGAAGCUUUAAACAGAUCCUUGGAAGAUCUAGUUCAAUUAAUGGAGGUCAUGCAAUUUUCAACAAGCUUACUUCAAGCCACGAGACGAAGUAUGCACGGCUCGAAGACUUUCUAAGAUCAAGCAAUGCAAUAAGGCUAACAUUAAAAGCCUCAACUGUUAAAUUAUCUUCAUAUCGGGCAUGGCCAAAUAUGCCAGAGAGUUGGUUUGCACUCUACAAGAUGCCCUUGCAAGUUCCUACAGCAGAUCAAGUUUAUGCUGGUUUGUGGGGAGGAACUUUUGGUUGGCCUCCUGGAAAACCUUCUGAAGACAAGCCUGGAAAGGCUCUAUUUUUUCUCUUGGUAUCUUAUGAGGAAUCCCAGGGACAACAGCUUCUUAUUGCAACAAAAAUAUUGGAAGGCACUCAUUAUGUCUUGCAUCCUAAUGGUUCAGCAAUGUUUGUAGUGAAUAUUAAUGAGCCUUCAUCUGAACCCUUUCCCUGGGACACUGAUACAGACUCCUUCUCAGCAAAUAUCAAGCAUGCUUUUACUGGAGAAGGUAUUUCAAAUGGUUAUGGGUUCAGAUACCCUGGAGCAAAGUGCGGUUCCCUCUUUGUAUUUCAAAAUGAUAUCCUUGCCUUCAUUUGGAAGGACUCAAGGGUUGUUUUGACCUUGCAAAGAGUUUGUUUGCAAGAACUUUUGAAGAAAGGAAAAAGAGUACCUUCUCUGCCUCCCAUCAAUAAUUUUUCAUAUUUGACGAAGUCCUACUCAAAUGUGUUCACAAGCUUUCCUGGCUCUUCCACUUGCUCAACAUCACCAAGGUAAAGAGAGACAACACUAGUCUAUUUUUGGGUUUGAGAUCACAAGGUUUUAUGUGCCCUAUUUCCCAUAUUAUAGCAGUUUAACAAGAGGACCAUAAAAACUUCUGGCGGCUGGUUAUUGCUGGAGCUGCACUGCUUUUGGUUGUCACACAGAAUACAGUUCUUGCUGUUGGUUUCAUGUUACUACCUUUUAAAGAUCAAAGAAGGAAAUAAUCUGUCUUUAUAUAGCACUAUGAAUUAUUUUGUGGUAAAGUGUUAGCUUCUCUGCUAUAGUUGUAUACGCUGUUGCUUGUUACACAAAUAAAAAUUUUACAUCAAAGCUCCUAAUGAAGUUUUGAUCUACAUUUGAU